AUGUGCAAAGUACUAUGCCAACAUACAAUCUUUCUUUUCUUAUCACUAUCCUCCUUCUCCCUCGCGCAAUUUCAGACCUUCACUCCGCCGGGACAAAGUGGUAUAACAUUCACCGUCAACAUCCCUGAAGGAACAGCCACAUCUAGGUCCGGUCCUAUUUUUAUCCAACUUAAAUCUACUACUCCACUUCAGUGGUUUGCAGUUGGUCAGGGAAGUCAUAUGCUAGGAGCAAAUAUCUUUGUCGCCUAUGGAAACGGAGACAAUGUCACCGUAUCCCCAAGGUUGGGACUGAAUCAUAUUGAACCUUUGUACAACUCAAACGCGAAUAUUUCUCUCCUUGGUGGCAGUGGUAUAAGCAACAGUACAAUUACUGCGAACGUUCGAUGUGACAGCUGCAUCGACUGGUCUGAUAAUGGACACGAAGAUUUGACGAGCCUGUCUAGUCCUUGGAUAUGGGCAGUCAAAUACGGGCAGCUUCUUGACUCGAGCAGCGUUUCAGCCGAUAUCAACAUGCACGACGUUUCAGGACUUUUGUCGUUCAAUCUUCAGCAAGCGACUGGUGGAAAUUCAGACAACCCAUUUCUGAAUUUCUCUAGCCAAUCUACAUCGGGUUCAGCACAAGCUUUGACUGAUGUCAGCGGUCAAUCGAUUGACAGAAGACGAAUUGCACAUGCUACAAUCAUGAUUAUUGUUAUGGUGGUUUUUUUUCCCAUGUUCGCCUUGGGCCUUCAUAUUAUUCCAUCCUCCCGUACUGUUGUAAUUCAUGCUUGGUUGCAAUUGGGGACUCUGGCAUUUGCAAUUGCCGGUUUCGGGAUUGGCAUUUCAAUAGCUGUUGACCUUCAGCUUACCGGCUCUUAUCACCCUAUUAUUGGUAUUGUAGUUAUGUCAUAUCUAAUACUUUUUCAGCCAAUUAUGGGCUUCUUGCAGCACCGAUAUUUCCACAAAAAGGGAAAGAAGAGCAUAUUUGCCUACCUUCAUCGCUGGCUCGGCCGUGCUAUCAUCACACUUGGGAUUAUCAAUGCUGGUUUGGGCUUCCGUAUUACAGGAAUCAGCAGUUUUGCGACCCCAGUUGGUGCGGUGGUUGCGUACGGUGUUGUUGCUGGAAUUAUCUGGGUGGUUUAUACCUUGACUGUCGCUUUUUCGCCGCGUAAAAAACCCCACGGCUCCUCAGCAGCCUCAUGA